AUGUCAGAUAUAGUAGUUCACUAUUUUGAUAUCUACGGGAGAGCUGAAACAAUUAGACUCAUCCUUCACUAUGCUGGGAUCCCUUUUACAGACCACAGAAUCCAAUUCGAAGAAUGGCCAGCAAUAAAAGCUACUGGAUUCACUGAAUUCGGUCAGUUGCCAGCUGUCGACAUUGAUGGUCAUCGAUUAGUCCAAACUAGGUCGAUUAUUCGCUACCUGUGCCAAAAAUACAAUUAUUAUGUAUCAGGCAUUCAAGACGUGUAUUACGUUGAGAGUCUUUGUGAUUUAAUAGACGAUAUUGGAACAUAUAUGGGAAAAUUUGUUUACAAUAAAGAUUUUGAAGGUCUCAAUAAAGCUUUUGAAGAAAGAAUGCCUGAUUGGCUUAGAAAACUUGAAGCAAGAUUAGAAAGAAAUAACGGAGGGCAAGGGUUUUUUGUAGGAGACCACGCAACAAAAGCAGAUUUUUAUGCAUUUGGGUUGUUGCAUACUUUUAUCAUUAAAAUUCAUCCUGAGUAUUUUGACUCGUAUGCUCCAAAGGUAAAGCAAUGGAUGACAAGAAUAAUUGAAUCCUCUCAGACCUUGAAGACUUAUCUUGAUUCUCGUCCUCAACGUGACUUUUAA